UUUUUAGACGGAACAUUGGUAUCGUAUCCACGGACCCGAAGACUAAGUUACGGAAACUUCGGACGAAGAUGCAUGGUUAUGGGAUGGGAUCGGGUUCGGAAUGGUCCAUGGAGAAUUGGCCGCGCUCGGCGGGCGAGCCGAUCCGCGGCACGAUCGAGCUCGCCGGCGAGCCGACCGGCAACACGGUCGUGCUCGCCAGGCGAGCUGGCCCAUGUCACGGGCGAGCUGGCCCUUGUCACGGCCGAGCUCGCCGGCGAGUCGACCGGCAACACGGCCGUACUCGCCGGUCGAGCUGACCCGUGUCACGGCCGAGCUCGCCGGCGACUCGACUGGCAACACGGCCGUGCUCGCCGGGCGAGCUGGCUCGUGUCGCGGCCGAGCUCGCCAGGCGAUCCGUUCCGGCUGUUCGUUUUCUCGGCUUUUGAAGUUUUGACCGAGAUUCGGUUUUUCUAAGGACUUUCGGAUAUCGAUUCCGUCGUGACCGAUUUUGACCCCAACAGUUAGCCUCCCUGCUAGCUAGGAUCCAUGUACAUGGGUGUUAGGUCCUAGCUUGCGGUAUGGUCUGUUCUAGGUGGAAUUUAGACGUAAUCGUUUGUCGAAAGAUCGAAGGUGAAUAGUAAAAAAGAAAAAAAAUUGUAUAAGUAAGGGAAGUAAGUUUUUCAAAUUCUUUACUCACUUCUUCCCUUAAGAAAAGAUUUCUCCAAGAUAAUAAAAAUUUCUCCAAGAUCUCUCUUUGCUCAAAGAAAAUGUCUUCAAGAAAAGGAUCUUCAAAGAGGAAUUCUUCCUCACACUCAUCUUCGGGUGACUCUUCUGCCAAUGAGGUGAUCGCCCCGAAAGAAGAGUUUGAAGUUGAGGAAGAAGCAAAGGAUGCGUACUACAAAGCUCUUUGCGCCUCGCCUCCGCCUUCGCAAGACAUUCCGAUUCCUAAGAGGCCCGUGAGGUCGCCAAACGCACCCCUUACACCGAGCAUGGUCUCUCCCGACUACCUCACGACUCUCAGGGACUUUUACCAGAUCCCAAGUGAAGUCGUAUUUCAGAUCCCGAGUGGCAACGAGAGUGCGAAGAACCCUCCGGAAGGUUUCUUUACUUACUAUGAGGCCUUCCUGGUGUAUUGCCGUUUGUGGUUUCCGAUCCCUGGUACCAUCGUCCGCGCGCUUCGCCACUUUGGGCUUUCGAUCAACUAGCUAAGCGUUCCGGCCUUGCAGCAUUGGCUCGGCGUGUUGAUCUUCAGUUACGAGCUAGGAAUGGACCUUAAACCUAGCGACUUCGAGGGAUUUUGGUUUACGAGAGGAACGGGGAUCGAUGGCUCAUACCGCACGGCGCCAAAGAAGGGUAUGGCUACAAUUCAGGGGCUCACUUCACACCCUAAGGCAUGGUUCGAGCGCUUUUUCUUUGUCCGGAUAGAUGGGGAGUCUGUCGAGGAGAGCUACCUCCACCUAUUCCGUCGGGAGUGGAACUUCACCCGUGUGAACAGGAUCCUUCCGCCGACUCCUGCCGAUCUUUUUGCCAAGCGAGAUCUUCUCCGCAGCAGGCCGUUCUUCUGGAAUUCCUUCACCGUCGAGCGGAUUCGAAGCGCGGUGGAGCUCCAUCGAUCUCGAGUCGUCUCUCAGCCUCUGGACGUUCCGUAUGGCGUAGAACCGGUCAUUGAUGUCUUGCCUGCUCAGAGGCAGAGAAUCAGGUCUCGGAAAGGCAAGGGCGUUGCCUCCGAGAACGUCUUCGGAAACCUUCCGCUGCCAGAAUGGAACCCUGGUUUCUCCCCAGGGGAAAGGAUUGGAACCAGCGAGGUUCCCCUUCCCAGCGACUUUUUUGCCGACCUCCCUCCCGGUUUUACUACUCAUAAGUCGCUGGACGAAGAGUCGAGGAGGAAAGUAGUCGCCGAAGGCUCCAGCUUAAUCAACGAGGUUUAUCCUUUGAACUUUGAUCUAAAAUAUAUUUUUUUUUGUUUCCCUUUCUGAUCUUAAGUUCGUGCAGGGGAUGAGAGUGUUCAAUGCGGCGCUCGACGGAAGUUUCCGGGAGUCGCGUAUCUCUCACUUCAAAG